AUGUUAGCAUAUGGUGUGGCAGCAGAUGCGGUCGAUGAGUACAUCAAAAUAGGAGGUACUACAGCAUUGGAGUGCUUACGUAGACUCUGUAAAGGAAUCAUAUGCUUGUACGAGCAAGUGUAUCUGAGAGCACCAACCCAAGAUGACCUGCAAAGAAUACUGCAUGUUAGUGAAAUGCGAGGGUUCCCAGGGAUGAUUGGGAGUAUUGACUGCAUGCACUGGGAGUGGAAAAAUUGUCCUAAAGCAUGGGAAGGACAAUUUACUAGAGGGGAUAAGGGAACCACCACAGUUAUUCUUGAAGCAGUUGCAUCUCAUGACCUAUGGAUCUGGCAUGCCUUUUUUGGAUGUCCGGGAACGUUGAACGAUAUAAACGUUCUAGACCGGUCACCAGUGUUUGAUGACGUGGAACAGGGAAAGGCUCCAAGUGUGAAUUUCUUUGUGAAUCAACGUCCAUAUAAUAUGGCAUACUAUCUAGCUGAUGGUAUCUACCCUUCUUAUCCAAAUUUCGUCAAAUCGAUUAGACUUCCUCAAAGUGAACCCGAUAAAUUAUUUGCAAAAUUUCAGGAGGGAUGUCGGAAGGACAUCGAACGUGCAUUUGGAGUGCUCCAAGCUCGAUUUAAAAUCAUCCGUGAACCAGCUCGCUUGUGGGACAUAGCUGAUUUGGGUAUCAUCAUGAGGUCAUGCAUCAUAUUACAUAAUAUGAUUGUUGAGGAUGAACGAGAUUCAUAUUCUCAACGUUGGACCGAUUUUGAGCAAUCUGGGGAAAGUGGAUCUAGUGCACCACAACCAUACUCGACCGAGGUGUUACCCCCUUUUGCAAAUCAUGUGCGUGCUAGAUCAGAGUUCCGUGAUCCAAAUGUUCAUCAAGAAUUGCAAGCCGAUCUAGUGAAGCAGGACCGGCCCUGUGGGGGUGCAAGAAGUGCUACCACACAGGGCCUCCGAUUUUUUAGGGCCUCAAAUUUUAAAAAGGGGCUUAAUAUAAAUUAA